AUGAUUCCUCGCAGUGUGUUGCGCGUUCCCAGAAGCCGAUCGUACUGCACCACCGCCGCCUCGUCCAAAUUGGCUGGUGCUUGUGUAGUGCCCCGCAGCCCAAUAAGCGAAGAAGAGAAGGCCGACCACUUGGUCUCCAGUCACUUUGCGCUGCAGCGACAGCAGCUUGAGUUUUGCUGUCUGCUCUGCGGCUGGGACGUGGCGUGCAAGACGUGCCCCUUCAACUGGUUCAAUUUUGACCCGCGCAAAUUCCGUACGAAGCAACGUCGACGACGCGGAGAUGGCGACGACCUAAACAACCUCGCAGCCAGUGAGGAGGACAUUCGCCAGGCCCUAGAAGCUCUAGGCAUUGACGCAACACCCAUCGACGGCUUUGACCGGGUCUCCUUCACGCAACAGCAGGUCAAAGACGCGUUCCGAGCCAAAGCGCUCGAGUGGCAUCCGGACUGCAACCCAGACCCUGAAGCUGAGAACAUUUUUAAAGAGAUCCUCCUGGCUUAUGAACUUUUAUUAGCUCAUGCGCGGUGA